AUGAUACGAAUGUUCCAUCAUGAAGUUCCAGUUCAUAUCUUCCGGCUCCAUCAUCAGAUCAGUUCGACAGUACCAUAUUAUUGUAUUGUUAUCAGAACUACAUGUGUUUUUCGUGUUUUUAUUUCUAUGUACAAUAAAGUAUAUACAUACAUACAUACUACAUACAGCUGCCAAUUUUCAUGACGCUACGAUCCUUGGAAGAUGGUUAAAUUAGUUACCUUAGAUUCCAUUACAUAGUUACAUAAAAGUCGACCUAAUAAAAAAGCGUGUUAAAAAAUGCGAGUAAAUAACCUAAAAAUUACUUUCCUUAAAAAAUAUAUAUUGUAGACAUUACAUUACAUGACAAAUAAGGAUGCGUGCACUCUCGAAAAUAAUUCAUCGUCCAAAAUGAGGUCAUGAAUAGCUCUGAAGUCCGUCAUUUUUGUGCAUUGCGCGCGCACCCGACUGACUUGAAGUUGGCUCAGAGGUUGCGCGCGCCAGUCCGCCCAGCCGUCUUCGACCAUCUCGCGUAGAAAAAUAAAAAUAAAAAAAUAAAAAGCGGAAUCAAGGCGUGUUCGAAAUUCAAACAGUUCAAUUUUCAAACAGUUUUUUUUUAUAUCAAAACAUGGCUGUGGUUGUGAUACGUGAACUGCCGACAUAGUGCACAAUAUGUUUCGCUGUGGAGACGGGACUUAGGUUUUAGAUUUAUUCUUGUGUUUGUGUGUAAAUAGUAAAGUGGUGUGAAUUAACUGUUUUUACUGUACACGACCCUUUGGGACCAAACGAACAGACACAGCGACCUAUACAAUAACCUGUACUUUUAGUCCGAGCCCUAUUAUACACCUCACCCUGAUCCUUUACCCGCCACUUCGGUACUUGGAUAAUGUUCGUGGAAGGCAUGACUGCACCUGACAUUUAAUAGGCAACCAUGAGCGCCCCAGAACCGGAGCCAGUCCCGGCGGCCCCUGCCGGGACCCCGGCGGACCCUCCCGAGCCCGACGGGCCCCUGAUCCCGGUCCCCGCGCCCCGCAAGGCCGCCCGGAGAGGCCCUAAAGUCCUGCAGGAGAGGCCGAAACGCGCGCUCUUUUGUCUCACGCUCAAGAAUCCAAUUAGGAAGGUCUGCAUCGAUAUUGUUGAGUGGAAACCGUUCGAAUGGAUGAUCCUGACCACCAUCUUCGCCAACUGCAUCGCGCUGGCGGUGUUCACACCCUACCCCAACAGCGAUUCCAACUACACCAACUCUGUUCUGGAGAAAAUCGAAUACGUGUUCCUGGUCAUUUUCACGGGGGAGUGCUUGAUGAAGAUCUUCGCGUACGGGUUUGUGAUGCACGCCGGCUCUUAUCUGAGGAAUGGAUGGAACUUGCUGGAUUUCACCAUCGUCGUUAUUGGAAUGGUGAGCACGGUGCUGUCGAGUAUAUUCAAAGAUGCGUUCGACGUGAAGGCGCUGCGGGCGUUCAGAGUGCUCCGACCUCUGAGACUUGUUUCUGGUGUUCCAAGUCUCCAGAUCGUGCUGAACUCCAUCCUGAAAGCGAUGAUCCCGCUGCUCCACAUCGCGCUGCUGGUCAUUUUCGUCAUCAUCAUCUAUGCCAUCAUCGGCCUUGAGCUCUUCUCCGGGAAAAUGCACAAGACCUGCUUCCACAAACAUACCAACGAGAUGAUGGACUCCCCCCACCCCUGCGACGUGGACAAUGGUUUCAAUUGCUCCAGCCUGGGCGCCGAGAUGGAGUGCCGUGAAGGCUGGAUCGGGCCCAAUUUCGGCAUCACCAACUUCGAUAACUUCGGGCUAUCUAUGUUGACUGUGUUCCAGUGCAUUACAUUGGAGGGGUGGACCGAAGUCAUGUAUAAUAUUCAAGAUGCGAUGGGCAACAGCUGGGAGUGGAUUUAUUUCGUGUCGAUGGUCAUAUUGGGAGCUUUUUUCGUAAUGAACCUAAUUCUCGGUGUGUUGUCUGGAGAAUUUUCUAAAGAGAGAGAAAAAGCGAAAAACAGGGGAGACUUCCAAAAACUUCGCGAGAAGCAGCAACUAGAAGAGGACUUGAAGGGCUACCUCGACUGGAUCACGCAGGCAGAGUACUUGGAGCCUUUGGCGGAUCAGAACGACACUGCAGACCAGUUGAGAGAGUAUAGUUUAGGAGCAGGAGCAGCAGAAAACCAUGACUCAUCAGACCAUUUAGGAGUCGAGAUGAGUGAACCACAGAAGAGCUGCCUUUGCAAACUCUGGAAGCAGGACUUCGAUAAGAUCAAUCGAAGAAUGAAGCGUAGCUGUAGGAAAGCAGUGAAAUCGCAGACAUUCUACUGGCUGAUCAUUCUUCUCGUGUUCCUGAACACUGUGGUGUUAGCCAGCGAGCAUUAUCAGCAACCAAGCUGGCUAGAUUUGUUCCAAGAGUACGGGAACGCCUUUUUCGUAGCACUUUUUACUUUAGAAAUGUUAGUCAAGAUGUACAGUCUAGGAUUACAAGGUUACUUCGUGUCGCUGUUCAACCGCUUCGACUGCUUCGUGGUGGUCGGGUCCAUCAGCGAAAUGGUGCUCACGAAGACGGAGGUGAUGCCCCCGCUUGGCAUCUCCGUGCUGCGGUGUGUGCGGCUACUGAGGGUGUUCAAAGUCACCAAAUACUGGCGCUCCCUCUCCAACUUAGUAGCGUCUCUCCUUAACUCCAUCCAGUCCAUCGCCUCGCUGCUGCUACUUCUGUUCCUCUUCAUCAUGAUCUUUGCGCUGCUCGGCAUGCAGGUCUUCGGAGGGAAGUUCAACUAUGAUCCCGUCGAGGAGAAGGAUCGGCACAAUUUCGAUUGCUUCUGGCAGGCGUUGCUGACGGUGUUUCAGAUUCUGACGGGCGAAGACUGGAACGCGGUGAUGUACGAAGGCAUUAAGGCGUACGGCGGCGUGGGCUCCGUCGGCAUCGUCGCCUGCAUCUACUUCAUCAUCCUUUUCAUCUGUGGCAACUACAUCCUACUAAACGUUUUCUUGGCCAUCGCCGUAGACAAUCUUGCAGACGCAGAAUCGUUGACCAACAUUGAAAAGCAGGAAGCGAAUCCCGAUGAGAAAGAAGCCGGUAGUGUAAUAAUCGAUGGUGCACAUGCAGACACUGAUGAUGAAUACAUUCACGACGACGAUGCGUAUACGACGGACAAUUCGGAGCGCGAAUAUGAAGAGACAGGCUCAGAAGAAGGAGAAGACGGAAGAAUCGAGAUAGAGGGUGGAGAGGAAACAGAGAGGAUAGAAGAAGAACAAGAACGGGAAGAAGAGACUAUUCAGAGGAAUCAUAUAGGUUCUAACAAAGAAGGACCCACUGUAACCGUCAUGGAGCUAACACACAAAGAAACAGAACCUAACUAUGCAACAACAGUGAACACAGAAGGCGAGGAGCCAAGAUUGAAGCGAAAGCCGACAACAUCAUCGGCAAGACCAAGGAGGUUGUCUGAAGUCGACAUACACGACUCUAAGAAACCCAUCCCUGACGCUACCUCCUUCUUCAUAUUUACCAAAACCAACAGGUUUCGUGUGUUCUGCUACAAGCUGUCAGCAUCUUCGACCUUCGGGAACAUCAUCCUGAUCUGCAUCAUGUUCUCGUCAGCUAUGCUGGCUGCUGAAGAUCCUUUGGAUGCUCAGCAAAAAGGGUUCAGGAAUUGGCUCCUAAGUCAAUUCGACGUGUUCUUCACGGGCAUCUUCACGCUGGAGCUGUUCCUCAAGCUGGUGACGUACGGGCUGAUCCUGCACGAGGGCGCAUUCCUCCGCUCUGCCUUCAACGUGCUCGACAUGCUCGUCGUCUGCGUGUCGCUCGUCUCCAUGUGCUUUAAAUCAGGAAGUAUAUCAGUGGUGAAGAUAUUAAGAGUGUUCAGGGUGCUGAGGCCACUCAGGGCCAUCAAUAGGGCCAAGGGCCUUAAGCACGUUGUUCAAUGCGUGAUCGUUGCUAUCAAAACAAUCGGGAACAUAUUGUUGGUAACGUCGUUACUGCAAUUCAUGUUCGCCGUCAUGGGAGUACAAAUGUUCAAGGGAAAGUUUUUUAGAUGUAAUGAUAUUUCGAAGAUGACGAAAGCAGAGUGUCAAGGAACAUACCUUGUGUUUGAAAAUCGAAAUUACGUAGUUAGAGAUAGAGAGUGGAAGAGAAAUGAUUUCCAUUUUGACAAUGUUAUGAAAGGGAUGCUGACGCUGUUCACCGUCUCUACGUUCGAGGGAUGGCCUGCGUUGUUGUACGUGUCUAUCGACUCAAACCAAGAGGACCGUGGUCCCAUUACCAACUUCCGUCCAAUCGUUGCAGCCUACUAUAUUAUUUAUAUUAUUAUAAUUGCCUUCUUUAUGGUAAAUAUAUUCGUCGGUUUCGUCAUAGUUACAUUCCAAAACGAGGGAGAGCAAGAGUAUAAAAACUGUGAACUGGACAAGAAUCAGAGGAACUGCAUAGAGUUCGCCCUGAAAGCAAAACCUAUAAGAAGGUAUAUCCCAAAGCAUCGCAUCCAAUACAAAGUGUGGUGGUUCGUCACAUCCCAGCCGUUCGAGUACGCCAUCUUCGUCCUGAUCAUGAUCAACACCAUCACCCUAGCCAUGAAGUACCACAAUCAACCCCUCGAAUACAGCAAAGCUUUGGACAUGCUCAAUAUGAUUUUCACCGCUGUCUUUGCUCUUGAGUUCAUUUUUAAACUCGCUGCCUUUAGGUUUAAGAAUUAUUUUGGAGACGCGUGGAAUACAUUCGACUUUAUCAUCGUACUAGGAAGUAUUAUAGAUAUUGUGGUAUCACAAGUCAACGAGCUCAAAAACCAGGGAAGCGGUUUAACAAAAGCACACAUAAAGGAAACCUCCAUACCAUCGAUCAACUUCUUCCGUUUGUUUCGAGUGAUGAGACUGGUGAAGCUACUGUCGAGAGGGGAGGGGAUCAGGACUCUCCUCUGGACAUUUAUAAAGUCAUUUCAAGCAUUGCCGUAUGUUGCCUUGCUGAUUUUGAUGUUGUUCUUCAUUUAUGCUGUAGUGGGGAUGCAGGUGUUUGGGAAAAUAGCCAUAGACGACGAAACCCCGAUCACUAGAAACAACCACUUCCAGACAUUCCCUCAAGCUAUUCUAGUAUUAUUUCGUUCAGCUACAGGGGAGGCGUGGCAGGACAUCAUGAUGGGGGUGUCUCCGGAGCCGGAAGUGCAGUGUGACGACAACUACGAAGAAGAACCCGGCGAGAACGUCAAUUCCUGCGGCUCCGUGCUUGCCUUUCCCUACUUUAUCUCUUUCUACGUGCUGUGUUCUUUUUUGAUUAUCAAUUUGUUUGUAGCCGUUAUUAUGGACAACUUUGACUAUUUGACCAGAGACUGGUCAAUCCUGGGACCACACCACUUAGAUGAAUUUAUAAGGUUAUGGAGUGAAUACGACCCGGACGCGAAGGGUCGAAUAAAACAUUUAGAUGUAGUUACUUUGUUAAGAAAAAUUAGUCCUCCUUUAGGGUUCGGUAAGCUGUGUCCACACCGCGUGGCCUGCAAGAGACUGGUCUCCAUGAACAUGCCGCUCAACUCCGACGGGACUGUCCUCUUCAACGCCACCCUCUUCGCCGUCGUCAGGACUUCACUGAAGAUCAAAACUGAGGGAAGACGCAAUCAAAAUGUUUCCACGAUAACUCCCAGCAACAUAGAUGACUGCAACACAGAACUAAGAGCGGUCAUCAAGAAGAUUUGGAAGAGAACGUCUCCCAAACUCCUGGACCAGGUUGUUCCACCACCUGGGGACCCGAAUGAGAUCACCGUCGGCAAAUUCUAUGCCACGUUUCUGAUACAGGACUACUUUAGAAGGUUCAAAAAGCGGAAGGAGCAAGAGUUAAGGCAGAACGAUGAAGCUUGUCAUCAGAUGACUCUCCAAGCAGGUCUGAGGACUCUUCAUGAAGCAGGACCUGAGCUGAAAAGGGCUAUAUCAGGGAAUCUUGACGACAUUACAACAGAAUGUGAUGUGCCUAUGCAUAGGAGAAACCACUCAUUAUUUGGAGGCGUGUGGUCGAGCAUUCGGAGACACGGACCCAACAGGCACAUCAGACACAGGAAACCGGGCGAACCUCCGAUGGGAGAAGGUGUGGGUAAUCAUCUGAGUUCGAUGAUGCAACGAGAAUAUGGAGUAGGAACUUUGCCUCUAGCCCCGACGGUACCAAAUGGACAACCAAAGGAGCAAAUACCCCUUAGACCUUUAAUAUUCAAUGGUGAAUCAGAGAGGAUAUAUCAAGUUCUAGACAAUCAAAAGUCUAACUAUCCGGAGAUGUUAGGCCAAAUAGGUCUCGCAUUCGGUUGCGUUAAUUAUCUAACGACACCGAGCGAGGCAGCUCCAAUAAAAACAUCCCCAGCUGUGUCUAGACAAAAAAUCCAUCCAGAAGACUCGACGUCUUCCAGGGAGAAGUUACCGAUACCGAGGAAAGCGUCGCCGGAGGAUAAGACGCCGUCACCGAGUGCGUUCGAAGCUAUACAGCCGAAGAUAUCUCCGCAUCUCGCUAGCGAAUGCACGCCGACGACCGAGUCGAAAACGAUGACCUUAUAUGGCUACAACGCGGCAGCAAAGCUUCCGUUCGCGUUCUCCCACGCGAAGGCGGUGUGUCGUGGAGGGGAGAGGAGGAGUCUGCGAGCCAUCAAGCCGGUGGUGACAGGUCGGAUGGUGCGCAGUGCCUCGUCAGGGGCGGCGAGCUCGCAUGCGCCGCCCGCCCAGCUUUUAGCUCGACCGCACUCGCCAGGAGGCGAUAGCUCGGGCCGCGGCGUGGUGUCCCUGCCGGGCAGUCCGCGUGGCAUCAACUCCUCAGUCCCGGUAGUUGGGUCAGCAGAGAGCCUUGUUACUAGAGUUUUAGCUGAACAAGGUUUGGCGGCGUAUUGCGAUGCGGAGUUCGUAAGGAACACCUCACGGGAGAUGCAAGAGGCGCUCGAGAUGACGCAAGAGCAGAUGGACAGGGCGGCACAUCAACUAAUGAUUCAAGAAAGGAAUAUAAAGCAAGCCCAAAACCAGCCUCAAGUUGCUAACAUUUGGGCUGUUCCAGGGCGAUAUGCUAGCUCGCCACCCUUACCAGCCACCGACCAUGCCCCCACCCUUCAAGCCGUUAUAGCAGAGAGUGGCCGCGCCUCACAAGAUGGCGGACACGAUCAAAAUGGCAGGCAAGAUGGCGCCGCUCCGCGGAAUGGCGGCAAUGGCGCGAAACACCACAAGCAACACAAGAGGAAGAGAAAAAGGAAACCAGUAUUGGUAUAGUGUAAUGAAAUAUGUUUGAGAUGUGCUCAAAUGUUUUUUAUUUGUUGCUUAGGAUUAGGGGCAGAUGAUCUUUACCGCCGAUUUAUCAUCGCAAUAUAUGUAGUUAGAAUGAGGCAGCAAUAUAGAAUUCUGCUUUUAAUAAAUAUUUGUGUCUUUAUCGAUUGUACCGACUAAUUAACCAAGCUAGUAGAGUCAGACCAGGCUAAGUUGGCAGGGAUUUUGAUAGCCCAGCCUGUGCAAGGGCGUCAUAAUUUCAUAGAUGUUUGACGUUUAAAAUAACACUUGCACUGUGCGGGCUAUCAAAAUCGCUGCCAACUUAUCUUGGUCUGACUCUAAAUCCUUAUUGAAUUAUAGUUCCAUGUCAAAUGUCAAUGCGAAAUAUUGCUACUUGUCAAUUGCUCUCUGAUUGUAAGUCCCUUGGACUUAAAUUAAUUAAAAUUUCUAAGUGAAGGCUAACAUGUUUUACAUGGGCAAAAAAGUCCUUAUAAUAUACAGGACCAUACUUUAAAGUUUAAAGACAGUAACUUGUGUUCAGAAAGUGAAAAUAAUAACACACAAACUCACGUUCCUCCUCAUUGGUAUAGAUGGCACCACUUAGCGUAAAUUUUGUAUGGCUAAAGACCUCCGGUUAACAUCGAAACUGAGGUCAAAGUGUCUUACAAAAUAUGUAACAGAGAUCUUGCUAAUGUAAGCCACAACAAAAUUAAGAACCUUAAAUUCCAUAUUUAUUUGUCGCUGAUUAAGAUGUCGAUUAGCAUCUUUUCUUAGAUGCCUACCUUUGUUGGCUAUAGGUCUGCUAUGAAUUAAGCAUACUCGACUCCUAUUUUAUUUACUUCUGUGUACGGCAGAUGAAAAAGUGAGAUUAGUAGAUCUAAAGUAAUAUUUAGAAAGGGCCAAAUAAUAAUUUCAACUUGAAGAGAAUAAAUCUUGACGAGAAACAUAACAGUUGAUCAGGUGAGAGACAGGACUUAAAGCUAAAAUUAUAAAAAUACUUAUAUAGGGAUAGGUAAGCUAGGAAUCCUAACUCUACCAGAACAAGCCAUUUAACUUGAAAAAAGCUAGGUAAUCGACUUUGUAAAAUAAUUGUAAACUACAUACUUGAGACUUUGAUUACAUAUGAAGCAAUAGUGCAAAAAUUUACCGAUACAAAUUUUAAAUACAGUUUCCAGGGUAGUGUUUGUGACGCCAUCUCUCGGAUAAUGCCAUAAAAACUUGAAGAGUGGUUCAUAAUUUGAAAUACUCAUAAGUAAACUCUUAUGCCUAUCUCAAAAAAAAAUACAUAUAUAAAAAUAAAACUCCUCUUUACCAACCUUUAGAGCUCGCACAAAAGGUACUGGAAUAUUAUGGCAAGUCGAUUAGCUAUUUUAAGUAUUUUCAUACUCGUCGAUUGUAAUGGUUGAAUUAAGAUUUCGUAUACCAAACUAUAAUUGCGUUCUUUUCAUGUCCCGGUCAACUAUAAGAUUCAUUUCGAUACGCUGUAGUAAAAAAAAUACCAAUCGCUUGCCGCCGCGCUCCUAUAGAAAAUACUAAACGGCCCCGGGGCGGGAGUCGCGCGUUUAUGUCUACUGAGAUACUUGCCAAUUUUCAUUAAUUAUUUAGAUUUUAUAGUAAAGACAGUAUUAUUUUAGAUGAUUCUUAGAAAAGGUAUUCUAUACAAUAGUGAUAUAAUCAAGCGUUUCAAUCUCGUACCUUACUUAGCUCUUCAAGUGGCAUAUGUCGUUUGUGGGUUGUUGGAAUUUUGAUUUUAUUUCAAUUAAUCAAAUUUGAAAUUUAAAUGACAUAAUCGGUCGGGAGUCGACGGCCUGCCACUCCAAGGGUUAUGCAACUCAGCAAGCUUCGUUUUCUUAACAUGGCACUCGCUGAAAAGCUAUAUCACAAUUGUAUAAAAUACUAUUUAAGAAGUACGAAUUUCUUCCUACUUGCUACAGGUGAACGAAACAUAUAAAGCAGUAACGGGCAGUUGAGUUGGUCCUAUUGGCCCUUUGUUUAGGUUUAAAACGUAUUUAUUACAGAGAGAGAGAAAGAAUUAUCUCUAAAACAAUAUUUAGAGAUACUUUCAUUUACCUUAUGUAUAAAAAAAUGUAAUUUGUAAUUUUUGUAGAUGUGUAGUUUUACAGUUAUAUGAAAAAUGAUAUAGGCGUCAUAAAACAUUUUAAAUUAUUGCGAUUUUGCCGGUACACAUAUGUAUAUUAACAGAAAAAUAUUUCAGUAUCGUGGUAUAUAUUCCAUUAUUUCGAACUUUGAGUUUGGGUGCUCGGAAUAAAACCGCCAAGACGCACAAUUCGUCAACGUAAUCGUGAUGUUUGACCAUCAUUUGAUCCGUUAUUAUAUCAAGAGUACUUUAAUAUAAAAUAUGUUGUAAAUAUUUACAAAAAUAUUAGUGAGCAGGUCGCGCGUACUAUGAAUUACUUUACACUAAAGAGCAGGGGUGACUCUGUAACUUCUGAAGAGCCAGACCGAUUUUGAUCAACAUUUUGUGAGUAAGUCAGGAUAAUGAUCUAGGGCAUAGUAAGGGUUACUGGCAAUUAAAUAAAAAGCGCUGAAAGUCACUGCUAUCUGGUAAAAUUGAGUUUGAAAAUGUUCCUAUCCAUUUCCGGGCAUUUCCCAUUCUAUUAAAUCGCUAUAUGCUUUCUGAGGCCCAUUCCUCGAACGGUAUUAAUCUAAUAUUAUUAGUGUUAUUUGACAGGGGCCCAUUUCUCGAACAAUAUUAGAUUAAUAUUAGCAGUGUGUUGUCAUGGAAACCCAUACGAUUUGACAGUUUGUACACUAAUACCGUUCGAGAAAUGGGCCCCAGUUCGUGGACUAAUAAGACUCUAAUACCGUUCGAGAAAUGGGCUCCAGAUUACCUAUUCGUUUCUACCAAGAAAAAGAUCCCCAUCGCAUUGUAUGGACUUUUAUAAAUAAUGUCAAUGUAACAAUAUAGUAUUAAUAGCAUUUUAUAAAUAAAUAAAAUAAUUAGGUGUAACACUUUAUUAUUUCGACAGAUAUUUUAUAUACACUUAGGAUUACCUGUAAUAGCUAGAAUCUAAUGACCAGAUGUCGGACAGGUUAUUGCAAAAACAAAAUAGAAAAAUGUGUAAACUUUUGGUCACUUGUGGGUUGCGAUUAUGAAUAUAAUUUAGAAAUUUAUUAAAAAGCACUGUAAAUAACACGACUUUAAUACAUCUUUUUCUAUUUUCGAGUUACAACCAAGUAUUUUGCGAUGAUAUGUCCAAGCUAUUCUAAUGAUAACAUAAACUACCCUCUUUUAUUUAUUUCAAGUUUUUUUUAAUGACUUAAUUAUGACUAGGUGAUCGAGUUAUGUCUCAUAUGUCUGUAAUCCGAAAAAUAAAACCAUCUUCCAAAGGUCUCAGAUAUAUGUGUACGCGAAUUCCUAACUGUAUUUCCAUAAUAGUUUUACCCGUCUGACAAUACCUGAUUAGGAAAUCAUUGAACUGAUAAAAUGUCUAAAACUGUAGAAAAACACAAUUUUCCGUAGAGAUUUUAGAGUUAGGAAUUGGUUUAGCAAUGACUGACAUUUUAUAUUUGAAAAUAUUUCAGAACUUGACUUAAUCCUUUGCAAACUUAAAUCCAUUCUCCUACGCAGAAAUUGUUCGUAUUUUCAAGGCUUAACCUUAGUCUAGCCGAUCAUUUUAAUGGACCAACUCACAUCCAUACAAUUCACGAAUAACCUUUACAUUUGACUACUACCUGAAGUUUCAUAGUUGUCACAAAAAGAUGGCGCUGCACACAAUUCUCUCCAUUGAUAAACGGGAAAUCAAAGUGCAGUUUUUAUGGUGAUCGCCAUUAGUUUAUUAUCGCCAUGAGCUUACAAAUGAAGUUGCAAAUAAAAUUUAGAUCCCGUUUUACCAACAUACAUUAGUUUUAAAUCAAAAUUGUACAAUUUUGAAAUCUUUUUCGGUAACUAAAACCUCAAUGCCUCCUUCACUACGUGAACUCAAAAUAUACUAAAUGAUGUUCAAAGUUGAUGUACAGACAGUGUGUGUGUGUGUGUGAUUUUGAGUAAAAUAUUUGACCAACAAAACAAAAACAAGUAGGUACUAUUAUUUAUUUGACUAUGAAAAUAAAUACAGUUGGUAGAUACAAUAAUUUACACUACAACAUUACAUACUUUAAAGAAAUUAUAACAGAUUUUUUAGAAGCUAGGAAGAAACGUCGACAUUCGACAAAAAUACAUAAAAAUAAGUCAAAACUACAACAAUGGAAACUUAUUAAUAUAGGUAUGAACCACGUAAUUUUGUUUUAUUUACUGUGUCAAAUUUUAUAUAUUCGCUUAGUAAGGACCCCUAGGAAGUGCCCUUUUAAGUAAUCGAUUAAAUGACGUAGUUUAGCUGUCAUCUCUUCAAAUGAACAUUCCAUAGAUAUAAGAAUAUAACAUUAUAAUAAAUAAACCGACGUAUUAGUUAUGCCCAAGGAGACAAGAUAACAGGAAACUACUUCCGAUAUUUUUUAAAUAGUUGUACUCAACCAGUCCACAGAUGGCGCAAGUAAUAGAGAUACAUUCUAUUGGAACUAUUCAAGUUUGAAGCCAUCUAGUACAUUGUUAUUGGAACUAUUCAAGUUUCUUUAUUCUUACCUACUAUGGAAUGAAAUCGCGCAAUUCUAUGCUUCCCUAUCUUUAUAAUUAUAAGUGCCAACUGCCAUUUUCUGGUUCUGAGAAAUCUAUUAUACUGAUGCAUUUAAAAAAUCUACAGUACUUCUAUUUUGUUGCUAACUUUCACAUUAAUUGAUUAUAGUUAUUUCCUUUUAGUUAAUCUAGAGUUAGUAAUAGAUGAAUAUUUAAGUUUUUUUUAUAUUAUCUGGGUGAAUUGGUACAGUUAAGGGGCUGUAAUGGUCUUAAGUUAAUUGAUUCCAUUGUGUUACGACAAUUAAACAGUUUAUAUUUAUGUUACACGCAUGGAAGUGUGUUGGCGUAUGCUAUAAACUCAUAUGUGUAUAAAUUAUGUACAAUGAAUACAAUACAUAUUACAUGGUUAAUUUUCGUAACACAAUAGUAUCAAUUAACUUAAGACUAGUUACAGCUCAUUAACUACCAAUUAUUUUUAUUUUUAUUGGAGUUUGUGGGCCUUUGAGUGCCACGUCGACCAGGCAGUAAUUUAUUGUGACAGCUCUUAAAAGUUAAUUACUAAUGAAUCCAGGAAAUUCCAGAUUCUUUGGGCCGUAAUGUUCUGUACCCCAUAGGGUUGCAAAUACGUGCCGCCCCAUGUGGGUACUUCUUUUUACCAUUAGUGGUCCACGGGACUACUAUAUUUAACUACGUUUUUUUUGCAAGUCACCCAUUUGCCUUCUUUAAAAAUGGUGCCCAUUUAUUACUCUUGAUAUUUAACUAUUCUUUGUGAUUUACUUGUAUGUAUAUCCUAAAUGUUUUGUUAGUCCUUGUUGUGUAUAUUCGUCUGUUUAUUCUAUGCUAUCAAAGUUUAUUAGAGAUGUAAAAAUAUUAAAUAUUUUUAUUAGUUAAGAAUAGUUUCGAUUUGAAUACAUCGUUGUGACAUACUUAUGCUAUGUCCAAGUUGGAGUGAAAUAAUACAAAAAAAUGUAUGACACAACUUUUGUCUUUCAUGUCUUAAAUAAUUUUGUAUUUUUGUAUUUGUAUUUUGUCUUGUAUCAGAUAAAAUCAAAUACAUAGUACAUACUAUAUACACCACUCUUUCCUUUGGUGGUUAAAAAAUACCAGUAACUUGAUCUUGGAAGGUCUCUUAGAUAUAAUCUAAGAUAUCAUAUUAUGAUGAGCCUUUGCCAUUCAUCUGUCUCUGGCUUUCCACAACCGUCACCAAUAAUUUGCAGCAUUUCAUUGUGUUUACUUGUAGUAAAUACAUUUAUUGUUAAACUGGAUUGGAUAAAUAGAUUUUUAUAUGAGUUGGUCAUACAUUCUUUCAGUCAACUCCUGCAUUUUUGAUCCCAAGAAAAGUAAAAAAAACCUUGAUUAUUUAUGCUUUCAAACAGGAACUUAAGCCACUUUUUGCGAAAAGUAUACAAAAAUAUGUAAAUAAUGUACAAAAUUGAAAUUUCAGAAUUUAAACAAUUUGUCUUUUUUUUUAAAGUACAUUUUUAUAUCCUAGUACAGAUUGGCUAAUACAUCUGAUUGUACAUAAUUGUUGUAAAUACAAAAUGUAAGUGAAAGAUAUAUUUAUUCCGUCAGUCAUAUUAAUAUUUAAACAUUAUUAUAUUUAUUGUUUAAAAUGAACAUUGUAAAAUUGUUUUCAUUUAAUAAAAAAAUGAAUGCUA